GGGGGGGCGGGGGCGGCUCCGGUGAGUGACCGGGAGGAGACUAACGUAGCGCAGGGAGGUUUCCGGUUGAUGUCGCUCCUUCUGACGCAGACGCUGGUGCAAACGAUCCGUGUCCGCCCGCCCGUCCUCCGGUGUGCCGCGGUAAUAAAAGUCCUCCUCCUUGCAGAUAAGACGGUGAGAGCGGCCGGUCACUGUUCAGCAGCCAUGGCCAAGAGGAGGCCCUUCGAGCGGCUACCCGCCGACGUCUUCCCCGUCAACUACGGGCUGUCCCUCAAGCCCGACCUGAUCAACUUCACCUUCCUGGGCAAGAUGGAGGCGAGGGUGCAGGUGACACAGGCCACUAAUCAGAUUGUGAUGAACUGCGCUGACAUCGACAUCAUCACAGCCUCUUUUGUGUCCAACGGAGGAGAUGAAAUUGACGCCACGGGGUUCAACUAUCAAAACGAGGACGAAAAAGUGACCUUGUCCUUUCCGAGCGCUCUACAAAAAGGCUCCGGUGUGUUGAAGAUCAAAUUUGCCGGAGAACUGAAUGACAAAAUGAAAGGAUUCUAUCGAAGUAAAUACACAAAUUCCGCAGGAGAGACCCGCUACGCUGCAGUUACACAAUUUGAGGCCACAGACGCUCGCAGAGCCUUUCCCUGUUGGGACGAGCCCGCCAUCAAAGCCACCUUUGACAUCACUCUGAUCGUCCCCAAGGACCGCGUCGCCUUGUCGAACAUGAAUGUCGUUGAGCGACUGCCGUACCCCAGCGACGAAGACCUGGUGGAAAUCCAGUUUGCCACCUCCCCCGUCAUGUCCACUUACCUCGUAGCGUUUGUCAUCGGCGAGUUUGACUUUGUGGAGAGUCAGUCGUUGGACGGCGUGCUGGUACGCGUCUACACGCCGACGGGCAAGGGGGAGCAAGGGCGCUUUGCCCUGGAGGUGGCCACAAAGACUUUGCCCUUUUACAAAGACUACUUCAACGUCCCUUACCCUUUGCCUAAGAUUGAUCUCAUUGCAGUUGCCGAUUUUGCUGCUGGUGCCAUGGAAAACUGGGGCCUCGUUACUUACAGGGAGACAGCGCUGCUGAUCGACCCAAAGAACUCCUGCGCGUCCUCCAGGCAGUGGGUGGCGCUGGUGGUGGGUCACGAACUCGCCCACCAGUGGUUCGGAAACUUAGUCACCAUGGAAUGGUGGACACACUUGUGGCUUAACGAGGGCUUCGCAUCCUGGAUCGAGUAUUUGUGCGUGGACCACUGCUUCCCAGAAUAUGACAUAUGGACUCAGUUUGUGUCUGCAGACUACACGCGUGCUCUAGACCUGGACGCGCUGGACAGCAGCCAUCCCAUCGAGGUGAACGUCGGCCAUCCCUCUGAGGUGGAUGAAAUCUUUGACGCCAUCUCGUACAGCAAAGGAGCGUCCGUGAUCCGAAUGCUGCACCACUACGUAGGAGACGAGGACUUCAGGAAAGGGAUGAACUCGUAUCUGUUGAAGUUCCAGCACAGAAAUGCCUCGACAGAGGACCUGUGGGACUGUCUGGAACAGGCCAGCGGGAAACCCAUCGCCAGGGUGAUGAGCUCCUGGACCAAGCAGAUGGGCUUCCCCAUUAUUGUGGUGGAACAAACUCAGGAUGACAACGACCGCGUGCUGAAGAUAUCCCAGAAGAAGUUCUGUGCCAGCGGACCACAUAAUGGUGAGGAUUGCCCCUGCUGGAUGGUACCCAUCAGCGUUUGUACCAGCAAGGACCUCAAGUGCUCCAAACUCCAGGUUCUACUGGACAAGCCCGAGAUCACCGUCACCCUGCCAGGCGUGAGCCCAGACCAGUGGAUCAAGGUGUGUGUGUGUGUGUACAACAGGGGUGUCCAAAUGUUUUCCACUGAGGGCCGCUCACCGAAAAUGAAAGCAUGCGGGGGGCCGUUUUCAUAUUUCUAAUUUUCGAAACCAUUA